CCCUCGCGCUAGUCGCCGGCUGGAUGCUCGGUUGAUUUUGAAUUUGGAGCGUUGUUACUCAGCGCGGAAUGUGAAGCGUGGAGUUGCCAUUCGAAUGUGGUACGCCGCCUCGGUGCGAUUGGCUGGUUCGCGGACAGCGGUAUGACGCGGUUGGCCAAUGGUCCGCAAGCCCGAGCCCUCUUUGGCGUAAGACAGCGCGGAAGCGGGGAGUUAAAGAGUCUGUGCCUGUUGUGGGAACAGGCUUGGCCCCUUCGGAACGCUGGAGUGGCCUUUGGGGGACUUCUUUUUUAUACACACCAUUAGCUUUUUUUUUCUGUGCUAUGGGAGAUGUCAAAGAACCAAAAAUGCAAAUAACACCGGAAACUCCAGGAAGGAUCCCUGUUUUAAAUCCUUUUGAAAGUCCUGGUGAUUAUUCUAAUCUCCAUGAACAAACUGUCUCCAGUCCUGUUUUUAAGUCAACAAAAUUACCAACCCCAGGAAAAUUUAGGUGGUCUAUUGAUCAACUAGCUGUAAUAAAUCCUGUAGAAAUAGACCCAGAAGACAUUCAUCGUCAAGCCUUGUACUUAAGUCGUUCUCGAAUAGAUAAAGAUGUGGAAGACAAAAGACAAAAAGCCAUUGAAGAGUUUUUCACUAAGGAUGUCAUCGUACCCUCUCCUUGGACUGAUCAUGAAGGGAAACAGCUUUCAGAGUAUCAUUCCAGUAAAUAUGUUAAUGUAAAUAAUGAAUCUCCAAUUGGAAGAAAGCUGACCAUCCAUUCUGAGAAAAGUAAUGCUGCUUGUCAGACAUUGCUGUCUCUUCCUGUGGAUUUUAAUAUAGAAAAUGUAUUAGGUGACUAUUUUAGAGCCGAUGAGUUUGCGGAUCAAUCUCCUGGAAACCUUAGUUCUUCGUCCCUCAGAAGAAAGCUGUUUUUAGAUGGCAAUGGAAGUAUCUCUGACUCCUUACCUCCGGCUUCUCCUAGAAGUCUUCCCAGUAGUGCUCCAACAUCACUCGAGGUUUUCUAUUCAAUAGAUUUAUCUCCUGUUCGGUGUAGGAGUCCUGUGCAGACGCCAAGUUCGGGGCAGUUUUCUUCUAGCCCUAUUCAGGGUAGUGUGAAAAAAUACAGUUUGGGAAGUAUAACCAAUCCUUCACCUAUUUCUUCACCCACUUUCUCACCAAUUGCGUUUCAAAUAGGAAAAGCACCUCUUUCAGAACAAAGGAAGAUUACUUUUCAUUCUCCUGAUGCGUCAUCUGGAAUAAAUGCAAAUGGAAUUAGUAAUCCAUGUAUCAGAAGUCCUUAUAUAGAUGGCUGCUCACCUAUUAAAAAUUGGUCUCCUAUGAGACUUGAGAUGUAUAGAGGUGGUACUCAGUAUCAGACCUCACUGAUUCGAAUACCUUUUACCCUUGAGGCUCACAGUGAAGAUGAAGAAAACAAAGCGAAUAUUCCUUCCACAGACACCUCAUCACCUGCCAUGGACACUGCUGGAGCCCACCUGCGGCAGGUGGACAGUGCCACCUCUCCACAUGGCACACGUUUAGUAGUGACCUCCCUGUCUGUUACACAGAAUCAGUCCAGUGCUUCUGCGGAAGUCCUGGCACUGCUGCAGGACGUUGAAAGUGAGAAGGAGAACAACACUGUGGAUAUGGUUGACCCUGUAGAGAUAGCAGAUGAGAACACUUGGAUUAAGGAGCCGGUGGAUAAUGGGAGUUUACCCAUGGCUGAUUCUGUGAGUGGGAUCGCCUUCAGUAUUGAAAACUCUCAUAUGUGUAUGUCACCUCUUGCCGAAAGCAGUGUCAUUCCUUGUGAAAGCAGUAACGCUCAGAUGGAUAGUGGCUACAACACACAGACUUGUGGAAGCAAUAUUAUGGAUACGGUUGGAGCAGAAAGUUACUGCAAAGAAAGUGAUGCACAAGCCUUGGAAGUUGAGACCAAACCUCAGGUUUUUAAUACAAAGCUAAACCACACGGCCCAGAGGUGCUGGCUGAAAGCAGCAAACACGCAGUGCAGCAGUCCACAGAAUUCCUCUCUCGGCACCAAAGACUGCUGCUGACCAGCUUCUCGCAUGUUUUUUUAUGCACAGGAUCAAUGAUGUGACCAUGAUUGGGGAGACACUGCUUCAACUAUAACAUGCUUCGCUUUUCUUUCCCUCCUGAAUGUGAAAAAUCAAGGCUUUAAUUUAGUGACACAGGGACAACAGAAAAGCACCAGGAACUUUCAACAAGUUGCUGACGUACCAGUUUAUUUUUUGUCAAUAAAUAUUUUUGUACUCACCUUGAGUGAUGUUUUACAAUAAAAGACUUGAGCGAGGACUUGGCGCCCAUCCUUACAGGGUCGGUGAACUGCUUAUUGGCCCUACACAGAGCACUGCGUGUAGCAGUUCUGAGAAUGUGUGGAACUGUGAAAGUGCUGUUUUAUUUUAUGGAAAAAUAUGUGAAUCUACAGAUGAAUUUAAAUUUAUAAAUGCUGUGAAAGAAAUCUGAUUUAGAUAUAAAACAAAUUUAGGAGGUUAGGCAGGUUUCCAAAAUUUUUCAUUCUUAGACUCUGUAUUUCCAUGUAGAAAUCUUAGUUCCAGUGGUAACUGGCCUGGUGACUACUUUAAAAACUGUAAAUACUAGAAAAGGUUGUAGUAAAAACACCUUUAUAUUAUGUAUUGUUUUUAUUAGUGCGGUAGAUGCGGGAUGCCCAGGGUGUAUCUCCAUCCCUGGGAUAAAUACACCCUUCCCAGCUCAAACCUGGCUGGGGCGAGGAGUGAGAACAUGGCAGCACCAGGUCAGACAGCAGGGACUGGGUGACACCGGGGCUCCCGUGGGGCCUUAGACCUGUGAGGGAACGGCUGGGCACAACUUACAUUCAUGUUGAGAGUAGACUGGGAAUUUCAGUUUUGGGGGGGUAUUUACCUUUGGAAAAUGUAGUCCUAUUUACAAAUCACUUUUUUAAAACUGAUUCAUAAAGGAGUAAUAAUUCAUAUGCAGCCCUAGGAAAUAAAGGCAUCCUGUCAUUGUGUCAUUUUCAUCAUUUUUUUGUACCUCAUAAGCUUAUUGCUAAUGUCUAAAAAAUGUUUCUUACUGUGUAGUUGGCUCCUCCUCUCCCCCAGCAAAAUAACUUAAAAUUAUUAGCCACUAGGUCCACUGCUAAAGAUUCUGCAUCAGGAAGUUGAAUCCUUAAGCACACAGCCUUUAGAAUCGAUACAAGUUAAGACUAUUGCUACACAUAACAGUCCUAGGCUCCAGGGGUAGGAGCUCCCCUGGCUGUGUGUGUGUACAUGCGUGUGUUUGAUAGCACAAGUAGAAACAAACUACUGACUAUAACUUGGGAGUCUGACACCACCUGUCACUGAACUACUUGAUCUGGGCCAUGAAAGCCUCAAAUUUUCUCAUCUGUUAAAUGGGGAAAAGAGCCCUACCCAACAGAGCUCUUUAAGUGAAAUAUUUCAUGAAAAACUACUCAGUAGGAACUAAUGCCUGAAUUAGACCUGCCUCAUUAAUAAGGCACAGGAAAAAAAAAAUUGGAAAGAUAAAGUCAGUUAAAGCCUCCUUGUUUUACCAAGAAGCCUCCCUUUUUCCUCUACUGCAGGUAAACUGUGCUCCAUGGGCCAAGAAUUUUUCAAUUGUCUGGGGAGGGGAAAAUAAAGUGGGUAAUAUUUUACGGCACGUGAAUAUUGUGAAAUAGCCACGCUCACUUGUUUCCGUGCAGUCUAUGGCCGCGUCCGCCCUGUCGGUGCAAGUUGAGCACUGAGGCUGGAGCAGACCGACUGCCCUGCCGCAGAGCCUCACACGUCUGGCCCUGCACAAAAAGGCUUGUUGACUCCUGCUCUUGUCUUAGUUCAUUACUUGGACCCAAGAUGACUCAAAGCUAUCUUUCCAUCAACUGAAACAAUUUCUUCCUCAGUGUGUGGAUGUUUUCCUCAGUAACAGGAAACAGGAACAUCAUUCACAAUUACCCAGUGCCUGAAGCGCACACUGUAACCGUUCCCACUAGCACACCCUGCCGUCUGCCACUCUUCACUGUGCCGCAAACUCCUUCCCGGCAAAGGGAAGUUCCCAGGCAGUCUACCUGCCUGGUGAUAAGCCUGGUACACUGUAGGCACUUUAUAGAGAUUGAAUAAGUAAAAUGUUUUAAGGUAACUAUCUCAAAAUAUUUUGGAAAACAGAAAUUUAAUCAUUACUAAUUGUGUGGGUUAACAAGGGAAGAGACUUCAAUGUGCUCCCUUUAAUGUGUACUUACACCAUCCACCCUUUCCUACAUAAUCUGAUACAUAAAAAGUUUAAGCCAUCCAUUAACUGCUUUUUGUUUUUUAAGUAACAUUUGAUGUGACAUUUAAAGUACUAUCCAUUCUUUCUUUGAAUCCUAAUGCCCUACUUCAAAGGAGAUAUUUGAGGUGAAGGUCAAGGAUGAUGAUCACACUUAUUACCUGCUAUAAAACAACUAUUUUUUUCAGUCAGAUCAAAAUAUUCUACACCUUGCCUUCCUAUGACAUUCAAUUCCCAAACCCUCGACAGCUGUUCAAGGAUCAUUAAAAAACUGCAGGAGGCUUUCUAACAGAAAGAGAGCACAUAUGGAAGCUAGAUAAAUUAAAAAUAGCAAUGAUUACUAAAUUUCCCGACAGAUCUUAAUUGUCUUAAAAUCUACAAACUGCCACACCAAACAGCUUUCAAGAUUUAGAAAUGACAGAUUGUUCCUUCUAAAAAUGUUCUGUUUUUCUCCAUAGGAAAACAGUAGUUUUUCUACCAAUAUUAAAUAAUCAAAUUACUUAAGUUAAUCUGCUCUUCAAUGAGCAAAUGAAUGCCCUCUUUAAAUGAUCUACACAGAUCCCUGAAUUUGCCAGCCUGUCACUACUUAAGUGAUGGAUAUUCAAUUGAAUUUGUCUGCAUAAACAGUUCUGUUCAAUCCAGAAGUCAAGUAGUAUGAUGGGACAGACACCGUCAACAAUUCAAUUAAUAUGCAAAUCUUUAAGCACAGAGUUCCAAACAAGACGGAUGCAGAGAGGCCACUCCAAGACACAUCAUAAUUAAAAUGCCAAAGGUUAAAGAUUAAGAGAAUCUUAAAAGCCCCCAAAGAAAAGAAGUUAGUUACCUAUAGGGAAAUUCCUAAAAGACUGUCAGAUGACUUCUCAAAAGAAACUGCAGGCUAGAAGGGAUUGGCAAGAAAUAAAGUCAUGAAAAGCAGGGACCUAUAGCCAAGAAUGCUCUACACACGCGACAAAGAUAAUUAGAAUUGAAGGGCAGAUAAAGAGCUUCCCAGAGAAGAAAAAACUAAAGGACUUCAUUAUCACCAAACCAUUAUAUAAAAUGUUAAAGGGACUCAUUUAAGAAAAAGAUCACAACUAUGUACAACAGAAUGGCAAAAAAUAUAAAUCUAUCAACAACUGAAUCUAAAAAGCAAAGAACAGAGAUAGAACCAUGGAUCCAGAGAGUGUUUUGAAGGUUACCUGAUAGGAGGAGGGUGGGGGAGAUGGGUGAAGAGGUGAGGGGAUUAAGAAGUACAAGCAGGUAGUCACAGAAUAGCCAUGGGGAUGUAAAGUACAGUGUAGGAAAUGGGGUAGCC